GUUCGCCACCCCUGUCCUCCGCCCCCCAGGAUCUGCUUCAACUGCCGUCUUCCUCGCCGAUCGUUGAUCGGACACACCGGCGCUGCAGCCCGCGAGCACCCUCGACCUCACAAGGCUCCGUCUCCAGGAUCUCUACCAGCCAUGGACGUAACCCGCAGCAACUUUGAGGCGACCUUGGCCGUGAUCAAGCAGGCCAUCGAUGAAUGUGACUUUGUGGCCAUCGACGCCGAGAUGACAGGCCUGCAUUCGGAGUCAACCCAGCGGGCCCACACAUACGACACCAUCCAACAGCGCUACGCAAAGUACAGAAUGUCUGCCCAAGAUUUCUUGAUGAAUCAGUACGGCAUCUGCACCUUCAAAUGGUGCGGGGAAACACAGUCCUACGAGGCCAAGCCCUUCAAUAUCUGGCUCUUUCCACAGCAAGGUACCUUUGCCCUCGAGCGAUGCAACAAGAUCCAGAUCUCGAGUCUGGAGUUUCUUGCCAACAACGGCUUCGAUUUCAAUAAAUGGAUCAAAGACGGUGUGUCGUUCCUGUCCCACGACGAGGAGGCCCGUAUCCGACGCAAGCUUGAUCUGAAGGCCGAGCGAGAGUAUCUGGAAGUGCCCCAGGAGCUGGUCGAGUGGAUGAGCCAAUCCAUGGCAUCCGUCAGCGAGUGGCUCCAAAACUCCUCUGAGAAGCAGACCUCGAUCGCCACAGAGUCUUCGUUUCAUCGUCGGCUGAUCCACCAAGAGGUCUUGAAGCGCUUCAAUGGGUUCUUGGCAACCGAGGGCAAGGUCAAGGAGGUGAUAAUCACCCGCAUGACUGCUGAAGAGCGUACCCAGCGACAAGCCAACAAAAACUCUGAGGCCGAGCGAGAGCUCGAUUCGCUCAUUGGAUUCCGCAAGGUCAUCGAUUGGCUCCGGGAGGCCCGCAAGCCCGUCAUCGGACAUAACAUGCUGCUUGACCUGUGCCAUACAUACCAAAGCUUCAACAACAAUCUCCCCGAGUCCGUUGAAGACUUCAAAACAGGCCUGAUGAAGAUGUUUCCAUUGGUCUACGACACCAAGCAUAUUGCCUCCUCGGAGCCGGAGCUAACGCGCCGCAUACCCAGGACUGGGCUUGGAGACCUGGUCGCCGUGGCCAGGGAGGCGCCGUUUGGGUUGCCAAACGUUGUUUGUGCACCGGGAUUUGAUGGAUACACAGGUCCGACACAGCGAUUCCACGAGGCCGGAUAUGACGCCUAUUCAACCGGGCUAGUCUUUGUGAAAAUGAUUUCGCGUGUCGAAGAGUAUACCGAAGGAACGCGGAUAGACUUUGAGCUGCGGUCGCUGAAGAGGUUGAAGAAUUGUCUCCAUAUGAUGAGAAGCGAUUUUGCAUGCAUCAAACUUGAAACUGAGGAGGAGCGGCCGGAUCGCGAUCACAUCUUCCGGAUCUUCAACCUGCCCACGACUUGGCGAAGCAAUGAUGUUCGCGAGGCCUGCGGCAGGAUCGGCUUUGAGGUGGACAAUAUCGCUUGGAUCGAUUCCUCAAGCGCCUACAUUGUUCUUGAUCCGGAUAUCGUCGAAGACGCUGAGAUCAAGAUCCUCGAAGCAAUCAAAUCCGAGGAGCUUGAAUUCGAGAUCCAAAAGUACUGGGAAUACAUUGACGCCUACGAAGGAACUGAUGGUCCAGACAAGAAGCGCGCAAAGACCGAGGCAUAGGGUCGACGACGACACUCGAGCUUCACCAUCUCGCAAUGGCGUCUAUUGCCUAUCGCGCCAAUAAAGAUACGACGUUCCCAUUGUCAAACGGGACGCCCUGUUUUGAGUCAGGGUUGUUGUUCACUUCCGGUCCUGAAUAUACGCGGCUGCCCAUCACUCACUGC